AACACGGAAGUGUCAAGAUGGCUCCAAGCGGACUGAAGGCGUUAGUCGGAGAGAAAAUCCUGAAUGGAGUUAUCAAAAGUGUGAAGAAGGAUGGAGAAUGGAAGGUGCUCAUUGUGGACCACAUCAGCAUGCGAAUCCUGUCCUCCUGCUGCAAGAUGUCAGAUAUCAUGGCAGAGGGGGUGACUAUUGUGGAGGACAUCAACAAGCGCAGGGAGCCCAUCUCCAGCCUGGAGGCCAUUUAUCUGAUCUCCCCUUCAAAGAAGUCGGUUCAUGCUCUUAUCAACGACUUCAAAGAGACGGCUUUCACCUACAAAGCGGCGCACAUCUUCUUCACAGACAAUUGCCCAGAUGCUCUGUUUGCUGAGAUUGGGAGGGCCAGAGUUGCCAGAGUCAUCAAGACUCUGAAGGAGAUCAACGUGGCUUUCCUGCCGUACGAGUCCCAGGUAUUUUCCCUGGACGAUCCCAGCUCCCUGCACUCGUUCUACAGUCCAGUUGGAGAAGGGAAUAAAGACAGAAUGAUGGAGACUCUGGCAGAGCAGAUCGCCACCCUCUGUGACACCCUGAAGGAGUACCCUGCCAUCCGCUUCCACAGCGGUCCUGAGGAGAAUGCCAGACUGGCUGAGGAGGUGUAUCAGCGUCUGAACGCCCAUAAAGCAGACAACCCCAGCAUGGGAGAGGGUCCUGACAAGGCCAGGUCUCAGCUGUUGAUUGUGGACCGUGGCUUUGACCCCAUCUCUCCCAUUCUGCACGAGCUGACUUUCCAGGCCAUGGUCUAUGACCUUCUGGACAUCAAACAGGACAUCUACAAAUAUCAGACGACUGGGAUCGGCGACUCCAAGGAGAAGGAGGUUCUCCUGGACGAAGACGAUGAGCUGUGGGUCCAGCUGAGACACAUGCACAUAGCUGACGUCACCAAGAAAGUGACGGAGCUGCUGCGUGUGUUCUGUGAGAGCAAGAGGAUGUCCACUGAUAAGGCUAAUAUCAAAGACCUGUCUCAGAUGCUGAAGAAGAUGCCACAGUACCAGAAGGAACUCAGCUUGUACUCCACUCACCUGCAUCUGGCUGAGGCCUGCAUGAAGAAAUUCAAAGCCUCGGUUGACAAGCUGUGUGAGGUGGAACAGGACCUGGCCAUGGGGACUGAUGUAGACGGGGAACCCCUGAAGGAUGCCAUGAAGAGCAUCGUCCCCGUACUCCUCAACACCGACAUCGACCCCUACGACAAGAUCCGCAUCAUACUGCUCUAUAUCUUCCACAAGAAGAAGGGCAUUGGAGAGGAGAACCUGACCAAGUUAAUCCAGCAUGCCAAUGUGCAGGCAAACAGCAACAUCAUCACCAACCUACAGCACCUGGGCUGUCCCAUCAUCGCUGGGGCUCCCAAUGCUGGGAAAACACUGCCUGAGAAGAAAGAGCGCAAGGAGAGCACGUACCAGCUCUCCCGAUGGACACCCACCAUCAAAGACGUGAUGGAGAAUGCCAUCGAGGACAAGCUGGACAGGAAGCAGUGGCCGUUCAUCUCUGACCCUGCCCCCAUCAACACCAUGCAGACGACUGUCAGCAGUGCUCGGUUCGGACAAUGGCACAAGAACAAGUCUCCAACGGAGUAUCGUUCCGGCCCUCGGCUCAUCAUCUUCAUGAUCGGAGGCGUGUCCCACUCCGAGAUGCGCUCCGCCUACGAGGUCACUCGAGCCACCGACGGAAAAUGGGAGGUCCUGAUUGGUUCGUCUCACAUUGUCACUCCCACCAGCUUCCUAAAUGACCUGAAGAAGCUGGACCUGGUUCCAACUCCUGAAAGCUAGAUAUAACCCUCCCUUCUCUCCUCGGCCUGGAAGGGAGCUGGUCUGAGUCUGCUGGGAGAAUGGCUCUGAACACAAACCUGGAUUCAAAUUGUGUUUUUUCUUUCAAAUAAGUUGAGAGUUUUGAUUAAGUCUGCCGGGAGUACCAGACCAGUGGGAUUUGCAGUUUGCACUUUUAGGACUAUUCCAGUGGUUCCAUUGGGUUAGACAAGCUCAAUUAAGCACACUUAAAGUAUUUGAAAGAAAACAAAUACUAUUUGAACCCAGGUCUGCUCUUAACGGAGUUGUUCAUUAUGAGAUGCUUGUGUACUCAUCUAAUGUUGCACAGUUUGAGACAGCUGUAAAACAUAAAGUGCCAUUUUAAGAUGUAGUCAUCAUUAAAGGAUAGUAUCUUGUAUUUUCAGUCUUUUAUCGAAUUUCUUUUAUUUUAAUUAUGCUUGAAGCAAAAAAAAAUAUGUAGAUACGUAUUAAUAUAAUGCUGUGAUGGAAAUUUUUUGCUCUGAAUAUUUAAUUAAAACAGUCUAUAUUAUGAAGAUUAUUUGAAUCGUUCUGUCUUCUACUGUAAUUGAGUUACAAAUAUGUGAAUCAUCAUUAUAACUUUUCUCAGCAUUUCCCUUUUCCCUUUUAUCUGUUUAUCUAUGUAGUAGUACCAUCCCUGUUCAACAAUACUCGUCUACAACUUUAUACCCAGAAUUCAUUACAUAUUUUGAUAUAUUGCCUGUUCUUUCAAUCUCCAGAUCAGCAUGAAGGUCUUUUUUUUCUCUCCCCAAUGCUUGUAGGUAUUUAUAUGAAGGAUGCAGGAAAUUAGUGACUGCUGUACACCAAAGAACCUUAGUCUGCAUCUCAACAGUCUAAGGUGGCUUCCUCUCCUUCUGUCCUGUCAGUGCAAAUGAAUGAAAGGAGAUAAGGAGCAGUGGCCUCUUUAGACUAUUGAGAUGCAACCUUUGUGUUGGGACCAUUAAAUACUUGUGUGCCUUUCCCGAGUUACAUUUAUUGUUUUCAUCUGUCUGAAUGUCUUUACUACUGUAGUGUGUCUUCCUCUGAAAUCAUGCACUUUUAUAAUAUACGUUUUUAUAAAGGAAGGGAUGAAGUGUGGUUGUUUGGGCCUUUGUUUUCAUUGUAUUUUGGUCAAAAUGAUGAAUAAACAAUAUGCUUAUCCUCACCUCUUAA